UGCUUUCUGAUAAUACUCUCUUCAUAACAACCUUCUUCAGGUAAAUCCUCCUUUAACUCUAUUUAGUUUGAUUCAUGUUUUGGAGAUUUGGUCAAAAGCCAGAACCCCAAACUCUCAUUUUCAACUAUAACUUUUUCUAAUGAACGUGGAUUAUAUAGAUUUGAAGUUUAACUACAAAUCCAAGUAGUUGAUUUCAAGUUUAUUCUAUUGAUUAUGCAUGCACAAACAAGGAGGAUUUUUUCAUGUUUACUGAUCUAAACCCCCUUGAGUUUUCUUAGAUUUUUCCAUGUUUACUGAUUCUACCCUAGACCCCCUUGUUUUUUAUAUUUUAUUUCUAUUUUCAUGCACGUAAUCUGUUUGAUGAAAAUACUGACUCUAUAUAAUCAAUGCUAUCUCAGGACUCAGGAGAAAGAUCAUUUGGAAUCAUGGUGGUGAAAAACAAAAAGAAACACAAACAAAUGGAAAACAACAAUACAGGUGUUGGAAAGGAUUACAUAAGUAAUUUACCUGAUGCACUUAUUCAUCACAUCCUUUCUUUCCUUCCAACCAAAUCUGCUAUGUCUACCUGCAUUUUAUCCAAAAGAUGGAAGUAUGUAGCCGCCACAAUUCCUGUUUUUGAUUUUUGUAACUGGCGAUCUAAACGAAACAGAAAGCUGGAAACCAAAUUGUUCAUGAAUUUUCUGGACUCAGUACUAUUUCUUCAUGAGAAUCCUAAUAUCCAGAAGUUUUCUCUCGGUUUGGAUGAGGUUUCUGAUGAAUUUAGAGUUUAUGGAUGGGUUAGUACUAUUAUGAAGCGUAAAGUUCAAAUUUUACGUCUUUACUUAAAUUGUUCAAUCACAUCCUCCAUAUUUCCUCUAUCAUUUUUUACUUGCGAUUCAUUGAGACUAUUAGAUUUGGAUUUGGAUUUUGAUAGGGAGACUGUUGGCUAACUUAUUAUUCCAAACGCAGUCUCCUUUCCAAAGCUCAAGAAACUUCAGCUCAGAUCUCUUAGUUUUGUGGAUGAAACCUCGACCAGAAAAUUCUUUUCCAACUGCCCAACCCUUGAAAAGUUGAUAUUGUCUGGUUGUUUGAUAUCUGAAGGGUUGUGCAUUGUGAGUCCCGCAUUGAAAUACUAUUGACCAUUAGUUAUGUGAAUUAACAGAGUCAACGGUGAAGAUUUCUGCUCCUAAUCUAUUGACCAUUAGUUACACUGGAGACCCACCGGCAGAUUUUGUCCUUGAUAGCUUUUGGUCACUAGUUGAGGCAGAUGUUGGCUUUGACAUUCCCGAGGAUGAAUACUCGAAUGAAACAUUUGUUAAGUUUUUUCAAAACUCUGUCAAGUGUGAAGGUCCUUAAAGUAUGUGCAGACUCAUUUCAGGUUCUAAGCGAGGCAGAUGUCUUCUUAACCAAUUUGCUGGCAUUUAACAAUUUGAUCCAUCUUGAAGGUAGCUCAAUUUUUGAUUGCCCGAGUUUUGGUUCAGAGUCUGUUUCGAUUAUGAGAAGAUUUUUCAGGUUUCUCCAGCUCUCGCCUAAUCUAGAAUCGAUUGUCUUUGCUUGGGGGAUUCACUUUCUUGACAUAGAAGAUGAUGAUUGUUGGUCACUUGAUCUUAAAUGUUCUCUACCACACCUCAAGUCAAUUAAAUUCAAACAUUUUGAGGGGAAACCAAUGGAAGUGAACACGAUUAAAGUCUUUCUAAAGUAUCCCGGUUUCUCUGGCACUGUAACCAUUGUUGCUUGUCCAAGUCUCUCCAAAACGCGUCAGAUAAAUCUAAAGAAGCUGGUACGAAGGCUUCCAAAACUCUCAAAUUGUGUUGUUAAGUUCUUGAUGAGCUUUGAAGGCGCUUAACAGUACUUUCAGUAUGUCAGUGUUAUUAUUGGUGAGGUACAUUCUAGAAGUCCCCUUGUGAGUGUCUACAAGUAUUGUUCGUUUUUAUCUUCUGGAAUUUGGAGAAUGGUGUAAUUCCCUGAACCUACAAGGACAGAGUACUAAAAUGUUUUGAUUUUGCCCCAUUUUUUGUUUCCUUGUAAUAUAGUUGCUUCAGUUUCUGGUCUGCUCUAGAAAUUCCGCAGGGCUUGAACCAAUAUGAUUUUAAUCGUCAGCUAAUGUACUCAACUCUGGUAUUAUGUUGAAUGAAAUCAGAAUGAUGGUGUAUUCAGGUGACUGGUUUGUUUCAGCUUUGUAAGAUCAAGC